AACUUAAAGAAAGACUUGUGGAAUAUAUUAGAGUUCUGGUAACAUUUGCAUUCUGAUUAUGAAAUUUUGCGAAUCUGUUCAUUAUACCGAAGGAAAAACACUUACAAGGCAACCAACCACCUUAGUGGCACAAAACAAUUUGUUUGUGUAACCAAAGACCCAUCGUUCUAAUCAUUACUUCCCCCCUCUCUCCCUCUAAAAAGAAAAAAGAAAAAGAAAAAGAAAAAAAAGGAUAAAAGCCCCCGAAGCUUUGCAACUUACUGGGGGUAGACAGACAUCUGUGCAGAAAGAUAAAUUUCAGCGAGUAGCGAAGUUGGUACCAUACCGUUAUUCUUACCAUUAGAGAUUUGGGAAUAAAGACAAACGAUUUUUAUAACUGCGUUCAUAUAUUGCUAAUCGUUAUGAAAAAUAAUUUUUCGGAUAGGAAAAAAAAAAGGAAUCAAAAACGAUUCCUAAGUUAUUACCAAAUAGACCAAAUGUGUGAUUUAGUAUCAGAAUGGUACCAUUCUUUUAAAUAUCUACCCUAGCCUGGAAGUAGCUUCACUAUUGACUUGUACGGAAAUAGCCCAGGUCUGACAUAUAAUGAACUGAAUCACAUAGAGUCUAUGAAGAACCACAGCUUAGAUAUUUGUUUCUACUAGUUGGUUCUGAGGAGCUAUUUCUCUCGCUUUUCCCUCUCUCAGAUAAACAAAUCUGAAGCAGCCGGAACCAAUUUUGACAAUUAAGUUGCUCCACUCUACCUUUUUUUUUCUAUCUCAACCACCAACAAAACAGAGAUGAGAAAGACAAGCUAAUAGAGGAGCCUGUAACAUCGUAACACAAUCUGCUAGAAAUAUCAACCAAAUUUUUCUCAUAUUACAAUCUAUUCUUUCAAAAAGGGAAGGACAGUUGAUAAUGUAAUCCUAAAUAUACCAUUUCUGGAGAGAAAAAAAAGAUAAAAAAAGAAAUGGAAAACGGGUAGUUGAGGCUGUAAUAUCUUUGAGUAUAUCUGAUAUGAUCUGGAACUAAACAACAGCAGAGUUUAGCCAAUUUUACAGAAUGUAUUCAAGUUAGUUGUUUAUAGAAUUGUAAUUAAUUUCAAUCGUCUUUCAGAAGUUUAAUGAAACAACAUAAAUACCGUGGUUAGCAAAUAAUUAUAUAAACCACCGCUCCCUCCGGAGUUAAGUAAAAGGGUAAUAUUUCUUCUACACAAUGGUUAAUGAAAAACAACUAACAACGAGUGCAAGUUAACUUGAAAAAAUAAGCUAUUGAGAUUUGGUUUCGAUUCAUAGUUCCAGCUAUUUCAGCUGCUGUCCUUGAGAAAGGCAUGGAUGUUAUGCAAUCUUUUUCUUCUUUUCACCUAUCAAAUUGCUCUCUUGUGUCUAUCUAAAGAAAUUAAUAAAUAAAAUAAAAUAGAUAAAGAUAAUAAUUUCUUUAUUCACCACUAAAGGUGUCCACAAAGACCAAGAAUGGUACAGAACAAUAUAAUACGAUAUAUGAGGACAGAUAAAAAAAAGGAGAGGGCUUCUGAGGGUUACUCGUGGAAACUUCCACAAAAAUCACGACUACCCUGACUGCUAAAGGCAAGGGCCCUUAUCAUAAAUCAUCCAGUGGGAUCAACCCUGACAAAUAAAUGAGUUAGGAAAAGAAAUUAAUUUAAAUGAAAAAUGUUAGCUGGAAAUUUAACCACCUCCCAAAACAAGUUAAAUAAGAAACAGGUGAAAAAAGAAAAGAAAAAGAAACAAGAUUUGUGUGGAAAGUAAGACAGGAGCAGCCAAAAACAGACGAAUUUCGGUAAAGCUAUGUUAGAGGUACGCCAACAUCGUCAUGAGGUGCUCUGCGAAUGUAAACAGCACCAUGCCAAAGCUAGAGUUACUUAAGAACUGGUCUGGUUUAUACGCAAUAGAGCAGCAACACACGUCGGAGCCGCGACUUCACUACAAAGAUGCUGUCCUCAACAAGAAAACUGGAAUUCUUUUUCCCAUUUCUUCUUGUUCUUGUGGAAAGCAUUGCAAGUUACCGACAUAAUGGACAAUUAGGAUUGAUAGAAUGCAGACAAAAUUUAAAAGGACCACUGUGGCGGGCUAUGGUAGGUGACAGUGGGGCAGUGGUCAGCACUGGUUACCCAAACAGCUAUUCUUCCCACCCUGAUACGAUGUGCGAAGUGCUCUUACGUACCUGUAAUAGCUGCCGAUUUCUAAUAGAACUCAAGAAAUUGCAUUUCCCAUCAUGCAAUGGGACAUCUUUAGGGAAUUUUACAACAAAGACAAAUGUGGAAAACCAGUGCAUAAGUGGAUGUGACCAUCUCUAUAUCUCAGAAGUCGACCAUCCUUACAGUUUAUAUUCUCAUCGGAAUUAUUUCGAUGUUAACGAGACAUCGACAUAUGUUUCAAUCUCGUCCCAUAUCCGAAUUGUCCAUUGUAUGUCACAAACGAAUCUGGCAGCAGGAAAAAUGUUUAAGAUUAAUUACAAGGUUGUAGUGAAAAAGGAAGAAUUUUCUGGACAUCCUCAAAAAGGAACUCUUAGUGAUGGAUUUUUUCAUUCUCCAAACUUUCCAAGAGGCUAUGCAAUCAAUGGAGAAAUUUUCAUAUAUUCAAUACGAAAUCUGGAUCCAAAUGGGUUCAUAAAACUUGUCUUUGAUGAUUGGGAUAUUGCACAAGACACUACAGUCCAGGUAAUCAUUUCCCCCUCUUGUUCAUUUCUUUAUCAUGGUGAAAUACUUCAUAUGAUUCAAUCAGAAAUCAAACCUGCCUUUACAUACACAGCUUACACAGCUUUGCAGUGUUCACAUAAAAAAAUUCAGGACAAUACUAAACUUGAUUGCAGUGCUACUUUCCCUGCCAGCGUUGGAGGUGCGAUCUCUUUCUACGGAUUAUCCCCAAUCGACUCUGCAUCGUAUGACUGUGUCUGGGUCAUCAGAAAGAUUCCAAACAAAGAAUACAAUUAUGAAAUCCAUUUACACUUGAAAGAAUUAACAAUGAAAGAUGGUUGGCGUCUUGAACCAAGUAACAGCUUAGAAAUUCACAAUGGAAUCAGUUCUAUAGAUCCAGUCAUUGCUCGUUACACAUCAGCUGAAUAUACACCAUCACUUACCUGGAAUACAUCUUUGCAGAGUGAAGGGUUUUAUAUUAGACUCCGAGGAAACUUCAACCAUUUUGACAGAGUUGAAUUUUCUUACGCAUCUGCUGUAAUGAUGACAAAAGAUGGCUGCCGUGAGAAUUUCAAACUUCCGUGUUUCAACCUUCUGUGUAUUGCUGAAUCAUUGCAGUGUGACGGAGUCGAUCACUGUGGAGACAAUUCAGAUGAAAGUCCGGCCAGGGAAUGUAAUUUUGAAAGCAAAGAAUUGCAUAUUUUGGAUACGACACCAUUAAGCACAGGACAGAAAUUUUUUGAAGAUAAAACUGUUCUUUACUUUUUACUCUGCUUUUGUAUUUCAAAAGAAUUUGUUUGAGAAAAAACCAUAUUUUGCUUAUUUUGGAAGGUUUUGAGUUUUGUUGUUACAAAAUAAAAUUAUGGGGCUGACCCCCUGAACUCCCAACUCUUUCACUGCCUGUUGAACGAGAUCAACAGGGAAGCCCAGUUUUUUUUUUCUUUUUACUGGAAAGAGAUGCUACUAUCUGUGCCUAGAAGCAGAUGCAAGCCAAAUGCUCCUGUUAUUUGGUGAUCAAAAAACCCAUUCUGCUGACUUAUGUUCAGGUAAUAUCACGAGUUUGAUAAUGGUUAAAAAAAAAAAGAAAUUGUUUCCAUACAUAUAUAUGUAGUUAUAUAUAUAUAUGUAUAUAUAUUAUUCUUAUUGUUCCAAGUUCAAAUCUAUGAUGAAUUCUACAACUUCAAACCCCACUUUUUUUGUGAUACCUUUUAGUGGUAUUAUACCUUUAAUUAAAUCAAACUUAAUUUUCUGAUUAAUAACUAUAUUACUUGGCUCAAAAAUUUGUGUGAAGUCUAAACCAGUAUUUUCCUUAUUCCUGAAAAAUCGUAAUUUCUUGAAAUUUAACGUUCCAUAUAUUAAAUGGAAUAUCUUAUGGGACUACAUAUAAAAUGAAUGUAGAGGUCGUUUGCAAUUAAUAUUCUCUCAUUUAGGUGCCUUUUGCUACUUCCUGUCAUGUCGAGACACAAAUCACAAAUAUGAACAGCUCUAUUAAUAUAAAAAUAAAAAACAAAACUUUGGUGAACUUUUUAAAUGAUGUAUUAAAAAUAUAUUCUAAGUUAAAAAUUUGUUGGAAUAAUAUAAUAUUGAUGUGAUUCAAUUCUAUAAAUCGAAUCAAAUUUGAAGAUUUAUUUUUUACGAUUACAACUAAAUAACAGCAAGUUCACAUUGGACAUAAUGCGUUUUUACUGCAAUAAAAUAUAAAUUUCACAAAAUCUUUGUUUUGAAUUCCAAAUAUUUAGAGAUGCUUUAUUAUUUUUUUUCACUAAAAAGGUGGUGAGCUGGCAGAAUCGUUAGCACACUGGGCGAAAUGCUGAGCAGUCUUUCAUCUGCCAACACGUUUUGAGUUCAAAUACUGCUGCAGUUGACUUUGUCUUUUGUCUUUUUGGGGUUGAUAAAUUCAGUACCAGUGAAGCACUGGGGUCAAUGUAAUCAACUAGUCCCCUCCCCUAAAGUUCCAGGCCUUGUACCUUUAGGAGAAAGGAUUCUUUUUUUCACUGAAGUAUCACUUGUUUUGACAAGAAUUGAUCUAUCAAAGAUAUUGUUUGUUCUCUAUUCUUGUGUGUGUGUUGAGGGGAAAUAUAUCUAAUAUUUGGGUUUUGAUAAAAUAUUACUUAUUUCUUGGCACGUUUUAAAUAUUAUGAUUAUAUUAGUUAUAACUGUCCACUACCUUUUCAAAACAUUGGCUUCACAUUUUUGUACAAGACCAAUAGUUUCAGGGGAGGGGUCAAGUUGAACACAUUGAUCCCAGUGCAUAACUGGUACUUAUUUUAUUGACCCCGAAAGGACGAAAGGCAAAGCUGACCUCAGCAAUAUUUGAACUCAGAAUGUCAAAACAGAUGAAAUGCUGCUAAGCAUUUGGCUCAACAUGUCAACGCUUCUGCCAGCUCACCGCCUUAAUAUAUAACCUUAACAAAAUAUUGGUUUCAAAUUUUGGCACAAGGCCAGAAAUUUCAGGGGGGGUGGGUAAGUUGAUUAUAUUGACUCCAGUGUUCAACUGGUACUUAUUUUAUCAUCCCCAAAAGGAUGAAAGGCUAAGAUGACCUCAGCAGAACUGGAACCUAAAGAUGAACAAAAUGCUGUUAAGCAUUCUAAUGAUUCUGCCAGCUCACCGUUUUACUAUCCUACCAUAAUACUGAGUAUAAAACUUAUUGGUGUACUUUUCGAUCCAUUGGGUCACUAUAUUCACGUGGAUUAUCUCUAUUAAGUCAGAUUGGUGCAAAUCUCAUCCAUCUCUAUGAUAAUCUCACAAUAGAAGUUGAACUCAUCAUUGAGUGGUAACAAGCACUCAUCAGCCACUUAUUCUAUGGGGUUUGUUUAAAACUUGGUGGACAGUACAGUCUGAGAGUUCAAUGUGUUGGCCAUGGAUGGCCUUGGAAAGAUUUUAACUCAGAAUGUAAAGGGCCAUAACUAAAUACUGCCGGUAUUUUGUAUGCUGUUCUAAUGGUUCUGCUGGUGAGGUACAAACCUUCAAUCUCCACUUUGGUUAUCUCGCUUCCUGUCAACUGUUCUCCAAACAAAAUCUAUGGAAUGCAAAAAUGUUACAUAUUUCCUCCCCUCAUAGUUUUGCUUUACUAGUUGGUCAGAAAAAGAAAGGCAAUGUCCAUAGCCAUUGCUUGUCCCUCAGAGACCAUUUAUACCUGUGGUUCUUAACUGGGAUCGGUAUGGUCCCUAGGGGUCCUCAUAAGAUUCUGUCAUUAAAAUUUAUGUGCAAUAAUUUGGUUACACUUCCACAAUGCACAAAAUAUUUGAACAAUUUUUUAAAAACAGUUUCUAAUAAAAUUUAAUUGUAAAAAUACAAUAAGAAUUUUUUAAACAUUGAAUGGCUAUGAGGGUCCUUCUGAGAGAAAUAGGAAUCAAAGGUAAAAAAAUGGUUGGGAAUCAUUGACUUAUAUUUUGUACGACCAUUUCAGUUCUUCCAACUUAAUAGGACUGAAAUGAAUGAUGUUGAAUUUGCACUUCAGCAAUUUCUUUUGGGGUGAGAAGCAUAAACAGGAAAAUGAUUCUUGAGAGAUGUUAAGGAGGAAGAAUCAAGCAAAAUAUGGUUUGGUAUGGCAGUUGACAGAUGAAGAAACACAGUUGAAUGAGAAAUGUGUGUGUGUGUGUGCAUGUGGAAAUACAUAUUUUUUAAAUAGUGUUGCAAAGAGCAAACAUUUCCUUUCUUAAAGUUAUUUGCUAUGUUAGAAAUGCAAUUUACUACAAAUAUAUUGUUUCUUUUUUGUUAAAUUUGAAAUAAAAAAGAUUUAAGAAUGAAAAA